GAUGCAGCAUGAAAGGGUGCUUCGCGUGCAGCUUGCACUAUCAAAGGAACACGCGAUUGGCAUGUUGGAGCACAGCAUGCAGCGAGAUAGAGAGCCCAUCGUUCCGCCCAAGGGUGCAAGCCUCACUUUCCCUGCUGCCGUCGGCCUCCUGCAGCAUGGGAUGCUAUGCAGAAGGCCAUGUGCGGGGUUUGCUGUUCGAGCCUACAUUCACCCCGGAGCGAUUCGCUCGCGUGGAUAUUAGAGCGCUUUUGCUCUUGCGUUUUCUUCAUUGCUUGGGGAGAUUGUGACUUGCGUGUCCAUCUUUUCAUCCAAAACAUCGUUUAUAUCUUUUUCACUCCUAACAUUCGCAGCUUACUUGAGAUGGCCGAAGUACUUGGGAUAGUAGCUAGCGUCGCAGCGCUUAUACAACUAGCUAAAUAUGGCGAAAAGUUCGCAAAGGUCUUGAUCAGGUACUCCAAACAGAGUAGUUCUCCAGGAAAAGAAGUUGAGAGAUGUGCCUUUCAAGCACAGGACUUCUCAGAUUGCAUCGAUAUGACUCAGUUCGCUCUCGAACGACAUUUCGACAAGUACACGGAGUCUUCUCUUCUUCAAUAUCUUUUAUCCCAAGGGAUACUCCAGGGAAUACUAAAUCGGUCGAAAUUAAUCAAAUGGCAGCUUGAAAUGGCAACCAAAAAUAUCUGAUCACUCCUCGACAGUGAAAAGCUCAAUUCGAAUGAAAAACAAAUCAAGCGCCUGAAAAAGGUCAUUAGAGGUAAUUUGAGAACGCUGAAAACACUGGAA